AUGAAGCUGCGGAUAGGCAAGUCCGACAUUAUAAUCUCGCUCGUUGCUGCAUUUCUGUUAAUUGCUGGCAUUGUGACAUGGAGCACCUUCUCUACCAUCUACAAUUCUCAGUUCAAAAAGGUCUUUGACUUCAGUUUCAUCAGUUGGAAAUAAGUAAAAGGGAAAAAGGACUUUUUUAUCUUUAAGGUUUCAACAAAGUAGUGUUGAACAGCACAGAAGAUUUGCAUGAUUUUCGAUCGAUAGUUUCGUCUUGAAGUUUUCCUAAAAAAUUUCCAUGCAGACUCUAACAAAGAUUUUUGAAAAUUUUUGAGUUUUUUUUUUUCGACUCUUUUCAAUUCCAGAACCUGAUGUUCAAGCAGAAAAGCGACAGAAGUCUCGGUUAUUCAGCCUACAUGAUGUCUCAUCCACAAUCUCGGAACCUAAUGCGCUUCUAUUUUUUCAAUAUUUCAAAUCCGGACGAAAUUCAGUACGAGGGAAAGGCCCCACAGAUUGUGGAGACUGGAGCGUUUGCAGUUUUGUGAGUUUUGAAGGUUUUCGGGCGAAAUUGUAGAGAUUUUAAAAAUUCGAGACGUUAUGAUAAAAUAGUCCAUUUCGCGCCAGCUUGUUUUGUUUUUUUCUAAAAGACCGUAUACCAAAUUGAAUCUAAUUUGACCAAAUUUUGUUUCAAGAACUUUUUAUGUCUUUUGCAUUUUUUUGUAGAGAAAAAUAAGCUGUGUUUACGGUAUGUUUUUUUGCUGUUCUUUAAAAACUUGAUCGUCCCGCGCGGAAGAUUACAUUUUUCGGAAACGAAAAAAAAGCUUUUAAUCUUAUCUUACUGUUUUGUUCCUCUUACGUAAGUAUAUCGUUUUUCAUGUGUUAGUUUUCAUGUACUGCCUUUUCUUUCUUUACAUCAAUUUUUUUUUAAUUUUAAAUUUUUUUUUUCAACCUUUUACAUCAAGCCCCUAGUUCUUCUCAUCAUCAGUAAGUCACUCAAAAGGGAAAAUUCCAGAGAAUCGGAACAGAAAAAGUACAUGAAAUGGAACGACCGAAAGACGGAAAUGUUCUACGAAAACUAUAAGUCUUAUUUGAUUUCCCCCGAAGAUUCCUGCGACGACUGUGAUUGGGAGCAAAAUCUCGUGUUUCCCAAUCCGACCAGCUUGGUAAUGGCGAAAGAAAGAGAAAAUGGAUAAAAUAUGGAGUUUUAGGGGGCCACCACUUCGAUGUUGGAUCCGAAGUACAAGAUCACGAAAACUGGAAAAAUCCUGAUUUCUUUGGGACUUUUGCUCCUCGGCGAGUAUCCAUUCGUGUAGGUAGAUGCUUGAUGAAGCUUCUUGGGUUUUUUCAAAGGAGCUUGAAAAAGUUUGAGAAGAUUUCGAGGCGAAGAAUUUUUUUCUGAAUGUUGUUAAGAGCACGAGCUUCAAGGAUUAGGAGCUUUUGGCUGUAAUUUUUAUUAGUUUUGACUUCUGAUUUUUCUUUUCCCACGACCAUAACUGAUUUUUUUUCUUGACACAUUAGUAUGAAAUUAAAAAAAAAAAAUCAAAAUUUCGAUUUUCAUACUGGAAAUUUUUUUCGAGCUUCUGUUCUUUUGGAAAGCAUAAUAAACUCUUGUGAACCGAUCAAAACUAUAGCUCAAUUUCAUGCUCUAUUUGAAUUUUUUGAAGAUCUCAUAAAGUCCGAGAAGUUAUGUUCGACGGCUAUGAAGAUGCUCUUCUCUCCGCGGCUCAUUCUGAUGUAAAUCUUCAAAGUUCAAUUCACUGCUAGCUUGGGACACAAUUACUAAAAAAAUGCUUUUAGUCUGUUCAAGUUUUUAAUGUCAAGCAAAAGGACGUCACUCGAAAAUGCUCUGUGGAUGUCUCGCUCUCUGAUUAGUUUGUUGCACAAUUAGGAGUGGAGCUUGGGCAGAGACUUGACAUUAAAAACUGAACAGACUAUAAUUUUCUGUUAGCUCACCUUCAUGCUAUUUUCCCCCAAGCCAGCCUUGAAUCAACUAGAAAACGGUUGAAAAUGGAUAAUUUGACAGUUGAUCUAUACAAUCAGCGGGAUCUUGAAAGGAAACGAGAGCAUAAUCCCGAUUCCGAUUCCUGCGAUGCCACGUUUCGGCUACUUCCAAGGGGUUCCCGGUUUUUUUCUGGAUAAUCUCUGAAAAUGAUUCUUUCCAGUACAACAACAGCAAAGACGAGAGUUAUUGGAUCAAAACGGGUACCGACGACAUUAAUCGACUCGGCGAGGUUGGUUGCAGAUUCGGAGACUUCAUUUCUAGCAAAAAAAAGUUUAGAUCGCCAUCCGAAUUUUAUGUGAAGCAUUCAUAUUUUUUUUACAAGUAAACUUCUAAUUGAAGGUUCAAACGUGGGCGGGACUCCGCGAACUUCCGGCCGAAUGGUGGAGCACGCCGUUUUCGAGGUCCAUCCGUGGCAGCGGUUUGAAUUGGAAAAAAUGAACUAACUGAUUAAAUUAUUUGAAUACUGAAGAUUCGGGAAGCUUCAGUCAAAUGCGCCUCAAAGAAGACUCUACCAUCGACUUUUUCAUGUCUUUCAUGUGCAGGUCUUUUUUUAUUACUACAACCUCAAAAAUUUUUUUCUAUCAAAAUAUAAAAAAGCGUCAUUUUGCAAAAAAAGUGUUUUUCUCGUUUUUAGCCCUUUUUAUCCUUUUUGCUCUCAAAAAAAUGAAUCUGAAGCCUUUUUUUUAUUCAUAAAAAGGUCAUUUUUAAGUUUCAAACUGAAAUAAAAUAUUCAAAGUUCGAACGCGAACCAUUGUCUUUGUUGAACAGUGGAUUUCUCAAUUUCUCCUCUUCAGGGAAAAGAAGAAGUUUUUCGUGGAAUUUGAAAUCCGAAUUAUUCAAUCUUUUUGAACUGAUAUUCGAGAAAAAAGAAUCGUAAACAUGAUGAAGAUUCAGAUUAAAUGAGAAAUUUUUCACAAUUCUCAGAAAAUGAUGAGGCUUUCAUUUGGAGAACUUCGCUUCCUUUGAAAUUUGCAUGGAAAAAUAAAACAUGAAUUUAUUAAAAAAAUAAAAUUUCAAAUUUCAAAGCAAACCUUUUUUCAGUUCCGUAGUGAGUCAUCAUAUAGAAAUUAAUUUGUUUUCAUAUUAUUUAAAGGAUAUUUUAUGAGGAAUUUUUUAUGUUAUGAUUUUUAGCAAUUUAAAAUUUUUUUAAAUGUAUAAAAUACCCAAUUAUUUUCAAUUUUCUUGAUUUCUAUUUAUGAGGUCAUGUUUCAGCAAGAUCUCUAGAAUUUGUUUGCGCUAUAAAGGAAAUGAAAAAAGUCUACUUUUUUUCCAGAUCUUUCACCAAGAAAUACCUCGGGUCGACUUCUGUCGACAGCAUUCCAGCCUUGUCGUAUGUUGAUCUUCAGGAUUUUUCCAAGGAAAAUACUGUGAAAUCCUAGAUUUUCCGUCCCCUACGAAGACUACGACACGACUUCUGACCUAAAUCGCGGAUUUCGCUACGAGAAUAUCGAGAAGAGGAAUUAUUUUCCCGAUUGGCCGAAUUGUCCUCCGUUCGUUUCUUGAAUUAUUUUGUCACUUUUUAGAAGCACAAAAGAAAACAGCUACCGUAAACACAUUUUUUUGAACCUUUGCUCUACAAAACUGCAAAAAAAGUGGGUCUUGAAGCGAGAUUCGGUCAGAUUUAUUUCAAUAGGGUACACGGGCUUUUUUUUUCCAGAAAAAGGACAACCUGGCGAUAGCAGGCUUUAACAUUAUACAUUAAGGGUAGCUAAAUUUUUUUUUUUUGAUAGCAUAAUUUUUGACCCCAGUCAUAAAUUUUUUUUUCUAAAGUCAGAAGUUUUCAAAAUUUGCUAGAAAAGGACUGUACGAACAUUUUCAAUUUAUUAAAUUUACGAGGUUUAAAAAAACUAGAUUAUUCUUAAAAAGAACGGGUUUUCAAACUUCGUCAAUUUUUUUUAGACUUACUGGUGCAGGGCACAAGUUACCUUUUCAAUCUGAACUCAUUUUUUUUGUUUCUUGAUUGUGUAUCUCUGAGAAUCUCCAUACCUUUCAUAUAACUUGUAUUCAGCAAAGAUAUAGCCCAAAAAUCAAGUGUAUAACUUUAACUUAAAAAUAUGCUUUACGCACCGAACCGAUGUGAUAGCAAUAUAAAGAAAAAAAGAGAGAUUGAAUUUUUUUUUCUCAGAAAGGGAGACUGCCACCAGAGCAGUUCGAUCAACUGUACCCUCCCUGAAUACUUCUGCCACGCUUGCUGCAACGGAAGCCUUGUCGAUGGCACGUACCUCCUUCCCCCUGGCAUGUUCCCGCUCGUUUGUUAUCCAGGUAAUCAAAUACCUUUUCAACGUGAAUUCUAACAAUUCGAAAGUUAAACACUUUUUAUAAAUGAAAACCUUUAGCGAAAAAAAUAGGAGUGACCAGUUAGCGGUCUCCUGACUUCUGAAAUAACUUAUUCUCAACAUUUUUUGAAGGUCUCAUUAUAUUUUAUUUACCGCUCGCUUGUGAAAAACCCCUUGGAAUUUCCCCUUUCCGCAAAAAAAUGUUUUCUUAUCUCCAGCCAGUAGCGAUAAGCUUUAUUCCGAAAAGUAGCUUUUUUUUUAAACCUUUUAAACCUAAGCUCAAACAGCUCAAAACGAGACAAAGAUGUUCUGAAUUUCCAAUUCGCUUUGCUCGGCAGGCCGGCUGCAGCCGACCCCAUUCGCGGUGCUUUAUUCGCCUCCUCACUACCUCUAUUCGCCCCCGGAAGUCUUCAAGACGGUCGUUGGUCUGCAUCCGGACCCUUCCAAACAUCUCCCCAUGAUCUACAACCACGAGCCAGUAAGAUUCGAAUUUCCAAAUAGUGUGUUCCGCACGAGACAGUCAUUUUUGAAAAAACACAUCAGAAAUAAGCGACGUUGCCACAGCUUUUCUUGUACAUUUGAUCUGUGACAUGUAUAAAGACUGCACAAAAAGGUCUAAAACGAUCGCGGGGAUGGGGCGGAGCUUGAGCGAUGGAUUGGCAUUCAAAAUCUGAAAAGACUAGUCCAUUUUUGCCGAUUUGAAAUGCGAGAUGUGUAGAUUGGCAAGGGUGUCUUUUGGCGGGGAAUUCCAGAUAUAACGCGAUUGUGGAAUAAAUAUAGAAAAAAAAGGUUUUCAUUCUCAUAUUUAUUCAACUAAAAUAUAAAUCACUAAAAAAAUACUUCUGUUUUGAUUUUCAGUAUUCUGGAUCGGUUCUGGAAGUGUUCAAUAGACUGCAAGUCAACAUGCCCGUUUUGAAGAGCGACGAAGUCGAGUCAGUUUUUCUUUUUCUUUUUUUUUUUGAGAAACAUAUUUUGAUGGAUUCUCUCGUGAUUAAGAGCUGCAGUUAAAGUGCGGCUUCUCUGGUUGCUUAGUGAAGGCUUCUUUUGUUUCAAAUACAUCAUUCCGAGAACGAAAAAAACAAUAAUUCAUGUUCCAGCUCAUUUCAGAGAUUCAAAAAAGGAUGGCAGUUCAUUUUUUGUUUCGAUGCUCUAUUUAUUUGGUUUUUGGGAGACUGUAAACAAUAAAGAAAACGUUUUGAACUGAAAAUAUUAUUGCAACGAAAAAGAGCAAAAGUCAUCCUGAUACUUUGAAAUAAAUAGUUUCACAAUGAAUUAUUGUUUCAAAGGACAUAAUGACGUUUUUUUUCCUGAACUUUACGAUAUUCUUUCUCACGCGUAAGAGUAUUUUUAGAGACGACAAUAUAAAUAACGCUGAUCGAAAAUUAUCUUAUUGAAUGGCAAAAGUUUGACUAAAUCUUGAAAAGAACACUUUUCGUGUGAUCUUUGGAUUCAAGAUUAGGCAGAGGUUUCAAUCUGUUUUUUUUUUGUUUUUUUUUUCCAAGGAUCAAGAAGAUUAGUUCUUACAAAUCAAAAAUACAUCGUAAAAUUUUAGUUUCCACUGGAAUUUUCAAGUUCGGUGGAUCAGAAUUUAUAAGUUUGAAAAAAAUAUUGGCUAAAGACAACUAAUCAAGCUUGCGCAGUUUAUUCUAUUUUUUUGAUGAGUUUUUUUCACUUUUCCAGUUGAAAACCCUGAAGUUUUCAAACUCUUAACUUUUUCAAUGUUUAUAAAAAGUAAUCCGAAAAAUUCGGUAUUUUUCGAGGACUUAUUUUCAAUACUUUUUCAAAGUUUUGGGUUUAUUUUUGUCACAAAUUCAUUUUUGAACUCAAAUUUUUCACUCCUCUCAGACUAAUUCAGUUCUGUACCUUGUCCACUUUGGACAGAAAUUUCUGAUAUCCCAAAAAAUCCAUUUUUCCAAGUUUUCUUCUCUUUUCAGGAUGAGCAUGAACAUGCCGGACGUGGUGAUCCCUCUGUUCUGGCAGGACACCCACACUCGCCUCGACGAUUUCCUGUACAACACGGUCUGGACGGGGGUCGUGCUCGUGCCGAAGCUCGUGACGACGCUCCAGUUCGUCGCCAUCGGCCUCGGUCUUCUGAUGAUCCUCGGUCUCGGCUUCUUCCGGCUGAGGAAGUGGCGCGCCACCGCACGCCCUCUUCAAUCUUGA